AUGCAGGUUAAAAAGCAGAUCUGCGCCGAGCCGAGCGGCACCGACGACCCGGAGCAGGACGACAGCCAGAAGAAGACCUCAUGUUUUUCCAACAUCAAGAUCUUCCUGGUGUCGGAGUGUGCGCUCAUGUUGGCGCAGGGCACCGUGGGCGCGUACCUGGUGAGUGUUCUCACCACCCUGGAGAGACGCUUCAACCUCCAGAGCGCCGACGUCGGCGUCAUCGCCAGCAGCUUCGAAAUCGGCAACCUGGCCCUCAUCCUGUUCGUCAGCUACUUUGGCGCCAAGGCCCACCGGCCUCGCCUGAUUGGCUGCGGCGGGAUCGUCAUGGCGCUGGGGGCGCUGCUGUCGGCGCUGCCCGAGUUCCUGACUCACCAGUACGAGUACGAGGCGGGCGAGUCGUGGCACGCCGAGGACGGCCGGGACGUUUGCUCCAACAGCUCCCGGGUGGACAGCCGAGACUCGGGCUUCAACUGCGGCAACCGAGCCAACACCAACAUGAUGUACCUGCUGCUGAUCGGGGCCCAGGUGCUGCUGGGAAUCGGAGCCACGCCCGUCCAGCCCCUGGGCGUGUCCUACAUUGACGACCACGUCCGCAGGAAGGACUCCUCGCUGUACAUAGGUAUUUUAUUUUCGACGUUAGUGUUCGGCCCGGCCUGCGGCUUCAUCCUCGGCUCCGUCUGUACCAAAGUCUAUGUUGAUGCCGUCUUCAUCGACACAAGUAAGCUGGACAUCACCCCAGACGACCCUCGCUGGAUCGGGGCCUGGUGGGGCGGCUUCCUCCUCUGCGGUGCCUUACUCUUCCUGUCGGCGCUCUUCAUGUUCGGCUUCCCGCAGGCGCUGGACGAGAGCGACGUGGACGGCGGGCCGGAGAGCGAGCAGGCCAUGCUGCCUCCCUCGCUGGGCGCCGACUACCAGGCGUCCAAACCCAACGGGGCGCUGCACGGCUUCGACGCCAACAGCGGACUCAGCGUCUGUGAGCACCUGAGAGUGAUCCCUCGGGUGACGAGGCACCUCCUCAGUAAUCCCGUGUUCAGCUGCAUCACGCUCGCCGCCUGCAUGGAGAUCGCCGUGGUCGCCGGCUUCGCUGCCUUCCUGGGUAAAUACCUGGAGCAGCAGUUCAACCUCACCACCUCCUCGGCCAAUCAGCUGCUAGGCAUGACGGCGAUCCCCUGCGCCUGCCUGGGCAUCUUCCUGGGCGGCCUGCUGGUCAAGAAGCUCAACCUGUCGGCUCUGGGCGCCGUGCGCAUGGCCAUGCUGGUCAACCUGGUGUCCACCGCCUGCUACGUCUCCUUCCUCUUCCUGGGCUGUGACACCGGGCCCGUCGCCGGGGUUACCGUCGCCUACGGCAACGAGACACUCCACUCGUGGCAGCGGCCUGAAUCCGCCUGCAUCACCAACUGCAACUGCUACACGGCGUCGGUGAGCCCCGUCUGCGGCUCCAACGGAGUCACCUACCUCUCCGCCUGCUUCGCCGGCUGCACCAAGCCGAACCUGACCAGCUGCACCUGCAUAUCCAGCAGCAGCGAGGAGGCCGUGGCUUUACCCGGGAAGUGUCCGAGCCCCGGCUGCCAGCAGGCCUUCCUCACCUUCCUGUGCGUCAUCUGUGUGUGCAGCAUGAUCGGAGCCAUGGCCCAGACGCCCUCCGUCAUCAUCCUCAUCAGAACCGUGAGUCCGGAGCUGAAGUCUUACGCCCUCGGGGUUCUGUUCCUCCUGCUCAGGCUGAUCGGCUUCAUCCCACCUCCUCUGAUCUUCGGCAUGGGCAUCGACUCGACCUGCCUGUUCUGGAGCUCGGUGUGCGGCGAGAAGGGAGCCUGCAUGCUGUACGACAACGUGGCCUACAGGCACCUGUACGUCAGCAUCGCCAUCGUGCUCAAGUCGUCGGCCUUCCUGCUCUACGCCACCACGUGGCAGUGCCUGAGGAAGAACUACAGGAAGUACAUCAAGAACAGCGAGGGCUACCUGACGCCCACCGAGCUGUUCGCCUCCAACGUGACUCUGGACAACCUGGGCAAGGAGAUCGCCCAGAACCCGGUCAACAGGACAAAGUUCAUAUACAACCUGGAGGAUCACGAGACCUGCGACAACAUGGAAUCGGUUUUAUAG